CAGCGGAGGCGGCGUCACCGGCGGGACGGUCCACGCGGCGAGUCAACAGGUCGGUGGUCAGCAGUGGUGCCCUGUGAGCUGAGCGUCUCCGCCGAGCGGGACACAGCAGCGGCUCUCCGACAGCGAACGGGUGGCCGCGGCGCUCUGGACCUCCCCAGCCCGGCAGCUUGGAGCUAGGAACCGCGGAGGAACUCGACACUCUGCGACUGCAGAUGAAAGGAGAGGAUCGCUUCCACUUCGCACAGUUAUCUGCGUUUUAGCGCGGCUACCUAAGCUGGUUGGACAUUUUACGAAGGCGUUAUCGAAGAUAAUUAACAUGCUGCUUUUACAAGCGAUACCAAUCACGGGACUGCACAGUGGCGCCCAGGAGCGUCCCACCGCGGAGAUAUUCGGUGGAGCUCGUACACCCAGCACCAGCGAAUCGUCAGAGAGCUCCAGCGGCGACGAGCAGACUCCGGAUCCCGGACAGACGUUCCGCCCGGAUCCCGGACAGACGUGCCGCCUGGAUCCCGGCCACCGUCCGGACGUGCGGACGGCCAGCGAUGUCGCGGAGACCUGUCCCCGCUCGCCGAGCGGCCGCCGGGAGGCCGCAGAGGAGGUGGGGAACACAGAGACGUCUCCGCUGACCGGGGAAGGCUCUGUCUCGGACGACGCUGACCAGGUGAGCUCUCUGUCCGACUCGCCGCGCCAGCACUCUGAUCAGAGUGUGGCGUACCGCUCGGACGGCGACUCUGUGUCCGUGGGCUCUCCGACUGCGUCUUCUCCACAGUCCAGUCAGUCAUCUGAGUCCGACUGUGAGCGGACGCGGCAGCCGGCCGCCGACACCGCCCAGCAGCGCUACGACUCUCUCUGCCGCUCCCUGGAGACGCUGAUCUGCUCCGCCGAGUCCGAGGAGCCGGCCCGCGGUGAGCCCGCGGUCUCUGGUGGGAGGUCUCCGGCCAGCCGCUCAGCGGCGUCCGGCGCCGGCAGCUCGGAGCGCCGAGUCGACAGGACGCUCCGCGCGGCCCCCGAGCAGCCGCCCCGCUCCAUCGGUUACGCGGGUUUUGUGGGUGUGCCGGUCCCUCGGAGCGCCGGCCGCUCUGACGGCUCGCACGCGGCCGCUGCCGACUUCACCUGUCUGCGGUCGGCCGGGCCGGCUGCCCCUGUCCAGAGGGCGCCGCGCGCCAUCCGGGGCGCGAACCGGCCGCCGGCGCUACCGGCAGCCGACACCGUCCCAGGAGACGCUGCGCCAGCUGCGGGAGCGCGUCUGUCUGGGCUGCACACGCGCCUUCCCAGAGGCCAACUACUUCGACGUGUACUGCCACGUCAACACCGUGUACGCCUGGUUCAACUGGAAGCUGGACGUCUGAGGGCGGCUGUGUUGGAGAGCUGAGGGACUGAGGGCGGCUGUGCUGGAGAGCUGAGAGACUGAGGGUGGCUGUGUUGGAGAGCUGAGGGACUGAGGGCAGCUGGUUAGAGAGACGAGGGACUGAGGGCGGCUGUGUUAGAGAGACGAGGGACUCUGUGUGGCUGUGUUAGCGGGUCGCAGCAUCUCAGCCCCGGACCAUCUUUAUGAAGAGUUUCUGCGCUUUGUAACCUGUUCGUCGCGCUGUACCAGCAGAGGUUUGUCUCUGACGCGGCACGGACUAACUUUGACAAGUGGUGCCAUAACUUAUAGUACAAAUCAGAGUACUGGUAGCGAUGCUCCUGCAUGCGGAUUGUGGCUGUACACGUUUAACCAAGGUUAACCAAGGUUUAUUCUUCAACCAAGGUUGUGCUUCAUACAUACUCAUUUAACGCGCAUAAUUCAUUAGCAUGUUGCCAUUUUAGAAGGAACUCUAUUUCUGAUUUUAUACUACGGUGUUCCAGUUCACUCUAAAUGCAUACAUUUAUUAUUCUGUAACUUCAACUCAGGCCAAUGAUCUUUGCCUUUGAAUGGGUGCUUUUGCGCUCACAUGUGUGGGUUUUAUGGUUUGACUUGGGUGUGAAUUAUGUUUGUUGUUUCCCAUAUGUUGUUGAUUCUUAUUGAAAUAAAGUUAUACACUGGC